UUGUAAAGCGUUGCCCAUAGAUUAUACACUUGCGUUGCCUGUCUUUGGUUGCCUGUAAAAUGUAUAUAAACGUUUUAAUACCGUUUCAUUGGUUUCAAUAUUAAGCUAUUUUAAUAUAAAGUUUUAACACUUGAAAUCAAUUUAAAAGUCUUCAUCAUGGUAAAGCUUACCACAGAACUUAUACAAAACUCUAUGCAGUAUAUAAAUCCGUGUAGAGAUCGAGAACUAGAUCUAAGAGGCUAUAAAAUUCCUCAAAUUGAAAAUUUAGGUGCAACAUUAGAUCAGUUUGAUACAAUAGACUUUUCAGAUAAUGAUAUCAGAAAGCUAGAUGGAUUUCCGUUAUUGAAAAGACUGAAAUGUUUACUUCUUAACAACAACAGAAUUGUACGAUUAACUGAAAAUUUGGAACAAUAUUUACCAAAUCUAGAGUCACUUAUAUUAACAAAUAACAACAUUUCUGAACUAGGUGAUUUAGAUCCAUUGGCUACCUUACCAAAACUACGCACCCUUUCCCUUAUGCAUAAUCCAGUCGCUAAUAAACAACACUACAGGGCUUAUGUUGCAUUUAAACUACCAGAGUUAAGAUUAUUAGAUUUUAGAAAAAUUAAACAAAAAGAAAGAGAUGAUGCCAAUGCAUUAUUUAAGAGUAAGAAAGGGAAGGAAAUUCAAAAAGAAAUUACUAGGAAAGCAAAAACUUUUGUUCCUGGUGGAAAUAUGCCAGAUCCUAAAGUUACAAACCUAACACCUCAAGAAAUCCAUAAGAUAAGGGAAGCUAUUAAAAAUGCUACAUCUCUACAAGAAGUUGAGCGUUUGACAAGAAUGUUACAGUCUGGACAGAUUCCUGGCCAGAAACCUCUACAACCACAGUCUCAAACAAAUGGACACCAAAAUGAAGAUGAGGAAAUGGAGACAGAUCAAACAAAUGGUCAAUAGUGAUUUAGGUUUGUUUUCAAAACUAGGUGUUAUAGCUGUAAGAACGGAGUAUUACACAUUAUAUUCUUUAUUAAGUUGAUAAGAACAGCGAUUAACUACAAUGUUGUAUAUUUGGCUUCAAAGACAGAUACUACAUGAUAUAUUAAUUUUAAUUCAAAAACUUUCCUCCGUUUUUUAAUGCCCUAUAAAUGUUAUAUGAUUGCAUAAUUUUCACCAGGGGGCGAGGAGCCAACAAAAUUGAAAAUAUUUUUAUUAAAUAAAGAAAAUAAAAUGAUCCAA